AUGAAUUAUAUACUUCCAGAUAAAGCAGAACCAAAACAUAUAGAAACUUUUACAUCUUUAUGUGAUGGUGUAAUUCAUGAAACAACAGUUGAAAAUAUAAGAAAUGUUGUUGGUUCACAUUUUACUAAUGAUGAUUUAGAACAAUAUGUUAAAACAUUUACAAAACCAUCUGAUACCCCGGGCUUUAAAGAAAAUGUAUUAGAGAUUAUAAAUAAACAAACCACAUUUAUGAUUCAACAAUUUGUUUUUUUAUGUAAUGCAUUGGAUUCAAGAGUUUUAUCACCUACAUUAACAAAUUCAUUAACUUUAGUUAAAGAUAUGACUGUAAAUGAAAAAGAAGAAUUAAUCAAAGCAUGGAGAGAUUCACCAAUUGAACUUAAAAAUAAAUUGUUUAGAAUUGUUUACUCAGUGAGUGCUGCUACUUUUGUUAGAUUAGCUACUGAUUUACAUAAUAAAGCUACAAAUUAUCCAGGUAAAGAAUCAAGAGAAACAAUAUAUGAAAAUCAAGAAAUUGAUCCAUUUAAAUACGAAUUUCUAAAAAAACCGGAAUUUGAAAAUGGUGAAUUAUAUUUACCUGAUAUUGAUGUAUUAAUAAUUGGAUCCGGUGCAGGUGCUGGAGUUGUUGCUCACACAUUAGCAAAUGAUGGUUAUAAAUCACUAAUUUUGGAAAAGGGGAAAUAUUUUCAUAGUUCUGAAUAUAAUUUUAAUGAUCUUGAAGGUAUGAAUGAAUUAUAUGAAGGUGGUGCAGCUAUAACAACUUCCAAUGGUCAAAUGUUUGUAUUAGCAGGAUCUACUUUUGGUGGGGGUACUACUAUUAAUUGGUCAUGUUCUUUAAAUACUCCAUUUAAAAUAAGAAAAGAAUGGUAUGAUGAUUAUGGAUUAGAAUUUGUUGCCAAUGAGUCUUAUGAUAAAGCACAAGAAUUUGUUUUAAAUCAAAUGGGUGCAUCAACUAAAAAUAUUAAACAUUCAUUAGGAAAUCAAGUCAUUUUAAAAGGUGGUAAAAAAUUGGGUUAUACAGUUAAAGAAUGUCCACAAAAUUCUGGUGGUUAUCCAAAUCAUUCAUGUGGAUUUUGUUAUUUAGGUUGCAAAUAUGGCAUAAAACAAGGUGGUACUGCAAAUUGGUUGAAAUUACCAGCUCAAACAGGUUCAAAAUUCAUGGAUUCAGUUAAAGUUUUAAAAAUUUUACAUAAAAAAGGUAAGGCAAUUGGUGUUUUAUGUCAAGAUGAACAAACAAAGAAUAUUUUUAGUAUUACUGGUCCCAAAAAAUUUGUAGUUGCUGGCGGGUCAUUAAAUACACCUGUUGUUUUACAAAAUUCAGGUUUUAAAAAUAAAAAUAUUGGGUCCAAUCUAAAAUUACAUCCAGUUACUGUUAUAUUCGGAGAUUUUGGUAAAGAGGUUAAACAUGAUCAUUUUAAUAAUUCAAUAAUGACUGCUGUUUGUACCCAAGUUGAUGAUUUAAAUAAUAAAGCACAUGGAGCUAAAAUUGAAACUAUAUUAAAUGCACCAUUUAUUCAAGCUACUUUAUUACCGUGGAGAGAAUCAAAUGAAUUAAGAAAAGAUUUACUACGUUAUAAUAAUAUGGUUGCAAUGUUAUUAAUUGAUAGAGAUACAGGUAGUGGUAAAGUUUAUGCCGAUAAAAAUAAACCAGAUGCAUUACAUAUUGAUUAUGAAAUUAAUAAAUUUGAUAGAAAUGCAUUAUUACAAUCAUUUUUAGUAGCUGCUGAUAUGUUAUAUAUUGAAGGUGCUAAAAGAUUGUUAAGUCCUCAAGCAACUGUGCCAAUUUUUGAAACUGAUAUACCAAAAGAUAAAAGAAAAAUAACUGAUAAAGAAUAUCAAAAUUGGAGAAAUAAAGUUUCUAAAAUACAAUUUACAAGAUAUGGUACUGGUUAUGGAUCAGCUCAUCAAAUGUCAUCUUGUAGAAUGUCUGGGAAAGGACCGAAUUUUGGUGCUUGUGAUGAAAAUGGGAAAUUAUUUGAAUGUCCAAAUAUUUAUAUAGCUGAUGCUUCAGCGAUGCCUACAGCUUCAGGAGCAAAUCCAAUGAUUACAACAAUGACAAUUGCAAGACAUGUUGGUUUGAGAUUAGCUGAUGAUUUGAAAAUUAAAUCUAAAUUAUAA